GCAGCGUGAGAAGAGAAAUUAGAGCGAUUGGAGAAGAUUAUAUGACCAAAAGGUCAACCGAAGAAUAGUCUACGGACGACGACUCUAACCGGUCUUAGAUGGCUGCCGGAAUGAUAUAAAGCCUCGGACUUCAGAGGCCAAUAUGUCCGCUUCUCUCUCAAAAAAACGCCAUUUUUACUGGGAAGCUGCUCUUUCACAAAGCUUUCUUCAGCAUCAGUGCUCAAGGCAUGGGGCUUAAGCUAGCCUUUCUUCUGUUCCUGUGCUCUCUUCCUGUAAUUUUGUCUCAAGAGAACAAUGAUGUAACAAUUAUUGUAAAGGGUUCUGUUACAGAAGCUGAAACUGAUGAUAAUUUCGUGUGUGCUACUCUUGACUGGUGGCCACCUGAGAAGUGUAAUUAUAAGCAAUGCCCAUGGGGAAAGUCUUCUAUUUUUAAUUUGGACCUGAAUCAUCCUUAUCUUGUCAGGGCCAUUGAAGCCUUUAGACCAUUACGUAUACGAGUUGGAGGUUCUCUGCAAGACCAGAUCAAAUAUGGAAUAGGAAGUUUGAAAUUUUCUUGUGAUCCGUUUACCAAAAUGUCUGGUGGGCUUUUUGGCUUCUCAAAAGGAUGUUUGAGCAUCGCAAGGUGGGAUGCGCUGAACCUUUUGUUCCAAAAAACAGGGGCAAUCGUAACAUUUGGUCUGAAUGCUCUUUAUGGGAGGCAUCAAGUGCAGAAGGGAUUCUGGCAAGGUGCCUGGAACUCCAGCAAUGCUCGUGAUUUUAUGGAGUACACUAUUUCAAAGGGAUAUCCUGUUGAUUCUUGGGAGUUUGGAAAUGAAUUAAGUGGACGUGGAGUACUUGCAAGAGUUGAUGCAGAACAAUAUGGUAAAGAUUUAAUUAGCCUUAAAGCCAUUCUUGAUGAGCUUUACGGAAAAUCACGUUCAAAACCGCUGUUGGUAGCACCUGGUGGGUUCUUUGAUAAUCAGCAAUGGUAUGCUAAGCUUCUUGAGGUUUCAGGACCAUCUGUUCUAAAUGCCAUGAGCCAUCAUGUAUACAAUCUAGGCCCAGGAAAUGAUCCUCGCAUCGUAAGCAAAAUUACAGAUCCAAAAUACUUAAGUUGGUUUGCUGAUACAUUCAGAAACGUUCAACUCACCAUUCAGAGACAUGGACCUUGGUCAUCUGCUUGGGUUGGUGAAGCAGGUGGCGCUUACAACAGCGGCAGCCAUUUAGUCUCCAACACCUUUCUGAAUAGCUUUUGGUAUUUGGAUCAACUAGGAAUGGCAUCAAAGUACAAUACAAAGGUUUACUGUAGACAAACAUUGAUUGGUGGUAAUUAUGGUCUUCUGGACACUCAAACAUUUAUACCAAAUCCUGAUUAUUACAGUGCUUUGCUUUGGCAUCGGCUGAUGGGGAAAGGAGUUCUCAGUGUUGAUAUUAGUGGAUCUCCAUUUUUAAGAGCCUAUGCUCACUGCAGAAAACAGAAAUCAGGUGUCACCAUGCUCUUGAUCAACCUCAGCAAAUCCGCGGCGUUCACCGUGACGGUUCGAAAUGAUCUAAAUGUUGAUCUUGCAGAAGGAAAUGGCAUUCAAAAGGACAGUUCUUUCAUCCAUGGUCUUAAAAAGACAGUCUCAUGGAUUGGAAAGGAAGCUUCUCUUGAUUCUCAUAAAAGGGAAGAAUACCAUCUCACUGCAAAGGAUGGAAACCAUCUUAGCAGAACAAUGCUCUUAAAUGGCAUUCCUCUACAGCUCAACAAAAAUAGAGAAAUUCCAGCACUAAAUCCUUUGCUUGUUUCAGUUAGUUCACCCAUAUUUAUUGCUCCUCUUUCCAUUGCAUUUGUUGUCUUUCCGAAUUUUGAAGCUCGAGCUUGUGCCUGAUUGAUUGUGUAAUGUGCAGAUGCAGUUAUUUGUCUUGUUUUGCAUUAGUUGAUUUGUUUCUUGGGUUCAUUUAGGUGAUUGUAGAGAAAAAAUGUUUCAGAAAUAAUAAAAUUAUUGGUAGUUCUUUGUGAAA